AUACAUACGAGGAGUACUUUUUGUUAAAUUAGAAACAACUUUUGUAACGAAAGUGCGACGAGUACGCGGGGUGGGCAAGCCUAGCGGUGUAUUGUGGGAGAGACAGCAGCUAGAGACCAGAGAGGCACACAAUAUGUGCUGGCUCUCGCCGAAAAGGAGGCAGUAUUCUUCAAGCUAAACCAUGUAAUGUGCGCGGCGAAAGGAAAGCGAUUUAAUCUUUUCAUCAAUUAAAAACGCAGUCGAUCGGACGAACCAUGUCCAAGCCGGGGGAGAGGAACAGAUUGAACGAAGACCAUGGCAGAAAGCAGAGUUCAAGUCUGGCGAACGGCAUGGACAGUCAUCCCGUCUGCGGCUCGGCGGAGAAGCGGAGUCACCACUGGAGAAGUUACAAGUUGAUAAUCGACCCGGCGCUAAAGAGGGGAUCUCACAAGCUGUAUCGCUACGAUGGGCAGACUUUUAGCAUGCCAAACCCCGGGAUACCACCGGUGGACAUCGUCCGAGAUCCGAGGAUCGGUCGUCUCUGGACCAAGUACAAAGAGAUAGACCUGCCGGUGCCUAAAUUUAAGAUCGAUGAGUGCUACGUGGGCCCAGUGCCCCCAAAGGAGGUGACCUUUGCUAGGCUCAACGACAACAUCAGGGAAGGGUUUCUCACGGACAUGUGCAAGAAAUUUGGAGACAUCGAGGAGGUUGAGAUCCUGUACAACCCGAAGAACAAAAAGCACCUGGGAAUAGCCAAGGUUGUUUUCGAGAACGUCAAGUCCGCCAAGGUGGCUGUUCAGUCGCUGCACAACACGUCUGUGAUGGGAAACAUCAUCCACGUGGAGCUGGACCCAAAAGGUGAGAAUCGCCUCAGGUACUUGCAGCUCCUGAUGAAUGGCAGCUACACUCCAUGGACGCUGCCUGUUGGUGGAGAGGAGACCCGAGAGGUUUCCCCUCGGAGCCUGACGGAGGCAUUACUGGCCUGCGAGCCCAUCCGCAGGCUGUCCGAGGGCAACAUAUCCUCUAUGGCUGGAGCUUUGCCCCCCAGCAGCUCUACCACUCCCCUCAGCCUGGAGACAGGCUACUCCAGCCUGAGGCAAGACACCCCCCAGUCCCAGGGAACCCCUCAUACCCCACGCCAGCCGGGUACGCCCUUCUCUCAGGACUCCAGUUACUCCAGCCGGCAGUCCACGCCUGCGUAUCAGUCGAGCCGUCCCGAGAGCUCCGGAGGCUACAAGUCUCGUAGACACGAGAGUAAGUUCCAAGACGCGUAUAACCGCAGACCAGAGAGGCCUCAGUAUCGCAGCAACCUGUAUCGAAGUACGUCUGAACAAACUCCAAGACAGCACCAGCUCACCCCACCUGAACCUCCACCUUCCACCCCUUCCUUCAGCUACACCGCACCUCCUCCUGCUACACCAAACUUCAAGUCUGCCUUCUCGCCAUACCAGACUCCUUUGCCUCCCGCCUUUCCUCCAUCCGAGCCCCCUUUCCAUCACCCGGCCCAAAGGGAGGGCGAGUACCUCCGACCGCCGCAGCCUCCGCUGGCAGCCCCCACAGACUUUUUGCCAAUCACAGAUAGACCAGAAACUCCCCCAAUCCCAGAGCCGCCACCAGAACCUCUUCCACAUCCAUCCACCCCUCCUCCUCAAACACCGGAGGGCUGCCCCUCGCCGGGCUCCCCGGUGCUCGAUUCAGAGCGCAACAGCCUGGAUUCCCGCAUCGAGAUGCUCCUCAAGGAAAAAAGGACAAAACUGCUGCCCUUCCUGGACGAGCGGGACUCGGACAAUGAGGUGCGAAUGGAGGGAAGUCCUAUUUCCUCCUCGUCCUCUCAGCUAUCCCCAAUCCCACCCUACACAAGCGGCUCGCAAGGCGGUCAACAGAAUUCCCGUCCCCCCAGCACAGGUUUGGAGGAUAUCAGCCCAACUCCACUGCCAGACUCGGACGACGAAGACCCCGUUCCUGGAACAGCCUCAUUGAUCAGAAGAGUCAGUUCUCCUGUUCACGAGAAGAGCAAAAGUAUCCUCAAAGAGGGCUCUUUUCGAGGCCACACUCCCCCGGAUAAAACCGACACGGGUCAUCAGUCGUCAGGAGAAGACAUGGAAAUCUCUGAUGACGAGAUGCCCGCCGCUCCAAUCACCAGCGGAGAUUGUGACAUGGUAAAUGAUGAUGUGUCCCAAAUGCAGACCAUGUCCAUGCAUGCUGCCGGGUACCACCCCCUACAAGCUGGCUUUGCCAUGUCUCACCACCACCUGGACCCUCACUCUGCCAUGUCUGGACACCCUGCUCACCUGGCUGGCCACCCUGGUGUUCAUCACCAUAUGCUGCCUCCCAUGAGUCCCUACGCCCCGAGCAUGAUUCAGCUGAUGGGCCUGAUGAACUGUGUGCCAUGGGAACGGUGGAGCACAGUUCCCAUGUCCUUCCAGAUGCAGCAGCAGAUGCUGAGCCGCAUGGCUCAGACCAGAGGGCCCUAUCAGUAUCCCCAUUUCAUAGACGGUUGCCAAUCAGGGCCUUUCAUGGGACACUACACACAACUUUCUAUGGACGCUACACCCGCCUGUAGCACAGGAGCACCUGGGCAUGAGUGGAACCAUCCUAGUUUACCAACGUUCAACCCCACUGUUCCUCCUCCGGGGUACGAUACGAAGAAAGAGAAUCCUCACAAAGCCACUGUUGACGGCGUGCUGCUGGUCAUCGUCAAAGAGCUGAAGGCCAUCAUGAAGAGGGACCUCAAUCGCAAAAUGGUCGAGGUGGUGGCUUUUAGGGCUUUCGAUGAGUGGUGGGAAAAGAAGGAACAUUCAGCAAAGACAUCCCUGACUCCAGUGAAGGGUGCUGAGGGAAAAGAAGAAGAAAAGCCCAAACCUAAAGAGACGCUGGCUUCCAGUCUGCUCGAGAACUGGAACAAGGGUGAAGGGCUCGGCUUCGAAGGAAUGGGUCUAGGAAUCGGUUUACGAGGAGCGAUCCGAUUGCCUUCCUUUAAGGUUAAAAGGAAAGACCCACCUGAGGCCGCAGCUGUAGGCGACAACAAACGAGCCCGGCCGUCCACCCCAGUCGAUGACGAGCUGGAGGAUGAAGAACGAGAUCGAGACCCAGCUGAGCUCCACUCUGGCGAGUCCAAAAUGGAUGGCGACAGUGCGUCCGCAAAGCGACGGCACUCGCGACCGCUCGAAUUGGACAGUGAGGGAGAAGAGGAGAUGGACACCUCAGAGAAGGAAGAGGAGGAAGAGUCUGAGAGGGAGGAAGAAGAGCCUGGUGAAAAGAAGGAAAUAGACAGGCUGUCGUCAGUCAAGGAGAGCGACAACGAAGAACGAGAUGAAGACGAUAAAGACUCAUCCAGUGACAGUGCAUCCUCUGAUUCAUCUGAUGACGAAGCUGAGAGCUCGGCUUCCUCUAAGGUCAGCUCCGACUCUUCAACAGAGAGCUCCGACUCCUCGGUGGAGAGCUCAGACUCUGAGUACGAGUUAAGCUCUGAGGAGGAAGACGAGGAAGAAGAAGAGGCAGUAGCAGAUGAUGAGAUGGAUGGCAAAGAAGCAGUGACCUCUUCGUCAUCCUCAUCCUCAUCCACAACUUCAUCCUCCGAUGAGGCGGACAAGGAGGUAGAGAGUAAACCACCGAGUCCUCUCGCAGUACCGGUCAAGAAGGAGGAGCUGAGUAUCAAAUCCAAACAUAGACCUCCCAGUCCGGUGGAGGAGGACCGGAAGCCGUUGUCGCCUAAAGGUGUUCCAGUUAAAGAGGAAAAGACUCGGGUUGAUGGAAGCAUCACUUCACUCAAACCUGAACCUCAGGAGUACGUAACAAACCUCCGGCCCCCCACUCCCACAGGGGCCCUGCCAGACAGCGACCAGGAAACGAAACCCAAAGGUAAAACAGAGCCUGAAGAAGUCCCCUGCACCCCUCCCGUGUUAGUCCCAUCCCAUCUAAAGGCACCUGCCUCAAAAUCCGUCUCCACAUCCUUAAUGCACCUUCCCCUCCCUCCUCACCCGACAGCAGAAGGUCGUUCCCUCCUCCACCCUCCCCCUGGUUCCCUCCCUGACUUUCCUCAGCGGCCGAGGCUCCCCACGGACGAGGACAUCCCUCGGACGCCGGGCAGGGACCUGAUGGAGCGCGCCCGGAGCCUGGGCAAAUCUCAGAGCACCGACACCGUGCCCAACACGCCCGGCAGCGACGGUCCUUUGACAGGAAGCAGCCUGUUGCUCAGCUCUCCUCACAUCCCUGGUAGCCCCUUUUCCUACCCCUCACAGUCCCCCGUCCUUAGCGCAGGUGUCCCACGUACUCCAGGAAGAGACUUAACGUUCACCCCUGUCUUCCCUGACCCUGCAGCACUCAGGCUAAAUAGGAAGAGCCUUGAGGAAGGAGCAGUUUUUAAGGAGCCGCCGGUCACUGCUCUGCCUAACCAAGUCCUGUCAGCCGCCACAGAGGACUCGGCCACCAUACCUGAAGACCUCCACGCUAAACUCGCAGCAGACAUUCCUGGGCUUUCAGACACCUCCCCAUCAAAGAAAAAGCCCAGCCGACCCAAAAAACUUUCAGCUGUUUCUUCAGCAGAUGAGUCUUUAGAGGACUCGGAUCUGCCGCAGGAAACCCUUCUGGGAGAUCUAUCCAUUCAAAAGACGUCUGUCAAGGCACCCAAACACUCCAGCCUGGACUUCCGGGAAGGAGAAGACGAGCCUCAAACACUGUUACCUCCUGCCGACGGCUUCAUCUCCUAUAAAAAGGAGGCGCCAGUGGUUUUUAAGCCUACUCGGAGGACAAGGCGAAGCUGGGAGGAGCUGCUCCUGGACAGCCUGUCCCCCGUCACCACACCGCCCCGGGCAUAUUUCAGCCCGCGCUCCGAGUUUGAGGAGAUGACCAUCCUGUAUGACAUCUGGAAUGAAGGAAUAGACGAGGAGGACAUCCGACUCCUGCAGAUCACGUAUGACAAGAUGCUGCAGCAGGACAUCGGCAACGACUGGCUCAACGACACGCUCUGGGUCAACCAUCCUCCUACCAACAUCCCCAGAGUGAAGAAAAAGAGGAAAGAAGACGGCAUCAGGGAUCACGCAACGGGCUGCGCGCGAAGUGAGGGAUACUACAAAAUCGACAAGAAGGAUAAGAUCAAGUACCUGCAGAGCUCGCGGCUGCAGUCGGAGGAGCCGCCGGUCGACACACAGGGCAUGAGUAUUCCCGCACAGGUCCACGCCUCCACCAGAGCUGGCUCGGAGCGGCGAUCAGAGCAGCGGCGCCUGCUGUCCUCCUUCGACUGCGACAGCGACCUGCUGAAGUUCAACCAGCUGAAGUUCCGCAAGAAAAAGAUCAGAUUCUGCAAAUCGCACAUCCACGACUGGGGUCUUUUUGCCAUGGAGCCCAUCGCUGCUGACGAAAUGGUGAUCGAGUACGUGGGACAGAACAUCAGACAGGUGAUCGCGGACAUGAGGGAGAAGCGCUACGAGGAGGAGGGCAUCGGCAGCAGCUACAUGUUCCGAGUGGACCACGACACCAUCAUCGAUGCUACCAAGUGUGGCAACUUCGCCCGUUUCAUCAACCACAGCUGCAAUCCCAACUGUUAUGCGAAAGUCAUCACAGUGGAGUCUCAGAAGAAGAUCGUGAUCUACUCCAGACAGCCGAUCAACGUCAACGAGGAGAUCACGUACGACUACAAGUUCCCCAUUGAGGACGAGAAGAUCCCGUGUUUGUGCGGCGCAGAGAACUGCAGAGGGACGCUCAAUUAACACCAGCAUGGAGGUCAAAACUCCCAACUGGGAGUGAGUGAUCCAGACUCGCACAGACAAGAGGGGAAACUAAAGAAAGAAAAAGUAAUUGGCAAGUCGCUCCGGAUCGAGCUAAGCUACCUGACCGUCACUCUUCACGUAUUAAACUCUAAACUGUUUACGAUUUAUGGUGCUCCUCCCCCUUUGUUUGAACAGAGACUUGCUGGUGCAGCCCACCCCCACCCCCCCACACACACACAUCUCAGCAUCAGACAGUAUUUCAGCACACUUACU